AACAGAACAUUCUCGUACUCCAUUACCAACAUGACGUAUCAGUGUCAUUUUGUGUCGGCUAGUCGAACCUCCAACAAGUCCUAUAUGUGCUCUUGUUUUAUUAUUCAUCAAUUCAUCACCGGCAUUUCUAAUGUGAGUUUGCAACAUUCUGGUGGCUUUACUAUCGGACUACCGUUAUUAAUGAGUUGGUUGUAAUUUGAGUUGUAUUAUGAAUAGUAUGAUAAAUUGAUAAAGGAUAUUUAAUCACGAACUGAAAUAUCUAUAAGAAUCUAAGGUUUAUCUUAGAUCGUGUUUUAAGUAGUCCUGAUAUAAAUAUGAUUAUAAUUUUAAAUAUCAAAGAAUUACUAAGUCAGAUUUUUUUAUUGUUUGUUAUAUGUGUUUAUUUGUUAUUAUUUGACUUAUAUGGAUUUCUGUUCAACCCUGUACAAAUAUUGAGCAAUUUUUAAAAUUUUUAUUGUAAUAGAUUAUUGUAAUUAGUUUAUUCUAUUUAAAAUAAGUACAGAACAAUUUGCAAUAUGCCUAAAAGAGGAAAAGAACCAAGAUCAUCAAGUCGUCAUUCUGUUGGUCGUUUUUCACCUACACAAUCACAACGGAAAUCUAGAAAUGACUAUCAAGUUGCCGGAUCUUCGCGUACAACGUAAAUAUUAUACUAAAUAUAUCUGUCUACUAUUUUCUCUUGCCUAAAUACAUUUCAUACUCAACAAUGUUGUUAAUACAGAUCAGAAUUACCUAAAUAACUAUUUAUUGUGGGUGCAACUCGAACUUGAGAAAACCUCUGCUACAAUUCCAGAUAUGUAGCCAGUAAUUGAUCGAAAAGUUGGACAAACAUCAAAAAAGACCUCUUCUGCUCAAUUUGAUUGUCAUAUAUGUAUUUUUUUUCCUAAGGAUGCAAUUCGGAUGUAGCCAAUUUACUUAUCGAUAAAUGAUUAUAUAAUUCACCAAAAUGUUUUAAUUUUAAAAACUUUAUAUUAAACUAAAAUGAAAUUUAUUAUUUAUUAAUAUAAACAUUUGAAUAAUGAGAAAUAAUAAGAGUAUAACUUCAAUAAUGAGUUGCAUUAGAAAUGAGUAAUGAUUUUAAUUUUUAUAGUAUAUAGUUAUGUUAAACAAUUUUUGUCCAAUUUUUAAUUAAAUGUAAACUUUUACAUUUAAAUAAUUCAAUCAUCUAAAUAAAUCGGAGUUGUUCUGUGAUAUUGUUAAGAAGGCAAAUAAAUAAACUUUAUAUGUACUUAUACCACAAAAUAAAAACUGAUUAUAAAUUAUUCAGAUUGAUUAUUCGAAUAUACUUAUUAUAUUUUAUAAUAUGAUAUGUACAAAUCCUCAUUAGACAUUUUCUUGAUAUGUUUAAUUAUUUUUUUGUGAAUAACUUUUCUAUCAAAAAUUGUGCCCUGAUUUUCAAGUUUAGCACAUUUUCUGAAAGAAAAUCUGACGGGGGUGGUACUUUAGAUAGAUAAUUUUUUGAUUUUUCCAGAGUUUUUCAUAAUGAAUGGUAAAACAAGAAAAUUUACAAAAUGUAUUAUUUUUAAAUAGUAAACAUUACAGCCUUUCAAAACAUAUAUAACUGAACUCCGCUCAGAAUCGUUUUUAGUUAGCAAUGAUUUAAUGAUUAAUCGUCACGUACAGAUAUACAUUAAAUUUUCCCUCUACCUUCCCAACUUCUCACCUACAACAGUGGACCACCCAUUUAGCAAAGUAUAUCUGUUUUUAAAUACCAAAACCUGUAUAUAACUGAUAGUUACGAGACUAUAAAAAGUGUCCUAUAGUAUUAUGGACAGAUACAAGAAGCGUCAUUGUAAAGAAAACAUUUUAAUUAAAAAUUAAAACUAAUAAAAAAAAAUUUACAUCAUAAUAACAAAGCGUUAAGGAAUAAGUACUGAAUAGUCUUAUGGUUUUAACAUAAUAUUAUUAUUAAUUUUAUAAAUUCUAUAAACUAUACAAAAUAUAAUGUAAAACUAAUAAACAAGGUUUUAUACCAUUAUAGUUCUUAAAUGUUAGUAUUUAUACAUUCAGUUUAUAGUAAUUGAAUCAUGAUUCAAUUACUAUAAACUGCACAAAUAUAGUGUUAUAAACGAAAAAAAAAAUGUUUUAAACGGAUAUACAUUUGAGUAUAUCACAUUGAGUUAUAAUAGUUACCUAUUUAAGUUAUUUUUCAGAUGAGGAAAUGUCUUAUAGGAAUAUAACUUAUUACAAUAUAAUAUCAUAAUGUAUUAACUGACAGCUGUUUUAUGAAAUUAUUAAUAAUUCACCCAAAUCAAAUUUUUUUAAUAAAAAUAUUGGUUGAUUUUAACCAAUUUAUGUGUGUAAUUAUUUAUUUCAUUGAUAUUUAUAUAGGAGUGAUUCCAGUUCUGGAAGACGUUCACCCCAUUCCAAAGAUAAUAUUAAAAAAUCUAGUGGAAACACACAUGAAAAUUCUUCUAAUCAAAAACAUAAUAUGUUAGUAAUAGUUUUACACGUUUAUAUUUUACACUAGAUAUAACUAAAUAAUUUAGUAUUGUGUGUCACUUUAGGAAUGUAGGUGAUAGUCCGAUCAUAUUAACAGACGAUGAUGAUGAUGGUUAUAAGAAUUUAGAUCACUCAAUGAAUAAAUUUCGAGGCAAUGGAAAUAAAAUGAAUCCUGGGCAGGACUCAGGCGAGGGUACACGCAUAGUAAAACAUUUUGUUCCUUCUGCUGAUAGGUAUGAAAAUAAUUUAAUUCCAAGUAAAAUUUAGGUAUCGUUUUAAAUUAAGGGUUUAUAUAUUAUCUUGGUGAAUAUCCCUUUUUUUAUGUGUUUCUGCUAGUUAAUUUCUUAAAAUGAAUUGUUUAUGUACACAAUAAAUAUAGGCAUAUAUGCUUAUUUUGUAGGAAUAUACUCUAAUAAAUGUAAUAUACAAAUUAGAAAAAUUAGCCUAUAAUAUUGUGUUGAUUUAAUUGACUAAGCAGGAUAUGCUUCUGUAAAUUAAUUAAAUAUAAAAUCAACAAAUAUAUGAGUCAUUCAGCUGGUAUAAUAGGUAUUUAAUAUCUAUGCAAUUCUAAAUUUCAAUAAAAUGUUAAAAUAAAACCGUUAUAAUCUGUCAUUAAAAUAAACAAAUAAAGUGCAGGUCAUUUUGACAUUUCCUAAAUUUAUUAAAACAAUAAUAUUAAUUAUUUUGCAGUUUAUUAAUUAAAAAUAUUUUCAAUAUUUGCUAUUAAGUUUGUGUGUUUUUAAUAAUAUUGUUAAUUAUGUAACUGAACGAGCAAAUAAGACUGUUAAUAUAUUACUUAGGAUAUGUUGAAAAAACAGUAUUUCAUCAUUGACUUUCUAUCUAUUUAAUAUUCACUAGAUACUAUAAUAUGUAUAAUAUGUAUUUUAAUUUUAAUGAAAUAAAUACAUAAUUAUAAUUCAUAAUAUUGGUAAAAUAGUAUUAUAUUAAGCUUAGAGUAAAAUAAUAAUAACAAUAUCAACUUUACCAAUUUUAAAUUGUAUUUAAUAACUGGAGAUUCAUUUUAUCUUUAAAGUAAACAUAAUAUUUUAUUGUAUAGUAUAUAUUUGUGUGGUGUAUGUUAAUUAAUAGGUAUAUGUCACAAAGUGCUCCUGAAAAACCAAUGUUUAGAGGACCAGAAACUGAUGUUUUACGAGAUCUUGUGAAGGACAAACUAAAAAACAUUAGAGUACAAAUGAUCAGAGCUGAUGUACAACAAAAUGAUUCAUUUCGUCAGGCAUAUGUAGUUGACGAUUCAGUAGCUAAUAGAUCAAAAGGUAGGUAAUUAUUUGUUUCAAAGAAUAUUAUUUUUAAUGGCAAAAUAAAAUUUAGUAUUAUGUAAUUCAAAUUACAAGAAAUUUCUUGUAAUUCAAUUCAAGUUGGAAAAUACUAAUUUAUUAAGAAUAUUAUUAUUUUUUACAGUUGGACUUUGUUUUGCCUAAUCGAUUCAAGGAAUCAUACUAAAAACUAUUAGGAUAUUUUUUUUGUAUUUGUGCUCUUAUAAUAUGUUUAUUUAAUUUAAUUUCUUUUAAUGAUAUCACACAAUUCAAUUUUAUUCCUGGAUUUUUGUGGUGAUCGAUAUAAGUUUAUUUCAUAUAUCUCAAUUUUCACCAUUGAGUUUUUUUCUUUUAACUUCAUCUUUAAAUUAAACAUGUAAUAAUCAUGUUGUGCUUAUAAUAUCUCUAGAUUAUUCAUAUUGUAGGUUUUAAAUAAAAAUUAUAAUUUUAUCUAGGUUUUAUUAUUUAUUAUAAUAUUGUUUAAUGAAUAUGCAGUAUCAGCCAAAUGGGAGUCAUUGAUCACAUAUGUUUUAGAAUUUAAAAGUUCAAAUCAAAUUUAAAUUAAGUUAAUUUAUUAUUAUUAAAUAAUUAUUUUGGUUGUAUAAUUAUUUCAAUUUUCUUAUGGCAGCCAUGUAAAAUAUUUCUUCACUUUAAGAUUAAAAUUAUUUAAUGUGUUAAUAUUUUGAUAAAUAAUGAAUUUUGUAUAAUUUUUUUAUUGUUUUAUUAAACAUUCGUUUUUCUUGAUAAUUAUUAAUUUUAAUUUACUAUAAAUAAAAAAAAAUAUUGAUUGGUCAAAUAUAUUUAAAUUAAUUCAAUUUAUUUGACUCAUAUUUCCAAUUUACUUAUAUUUUUCUGAUUUAUUUUAAAAGCAAAGUGACACCAUUUUAUGGCAACUGCAUUGAAAACUCAAGAAUGUUAUUCAAGGCUAUGCAUUACAUUACUUUUAAAGUUCAGAUAUAAAGUUUGAAGGGUCAUGGACACAUUUUUCUACUCCAUAAAAAUUUGAUUACACUGCAUUAUACACUUCUAAAUUAAAAAUUAUUAAAAUUCAAUUGGUUAAAAUAUCCAUAUCAAUAAUUUUAGAAAAAUAUUAAACUAAAAAUUAAUGCUACGGUGUACAAAAAUUAAUAAUUGCUAUAACAUCAAUUUUACAGAUUAAAAAAAAACCAAUUAUUAAAAAUUGAAUACUAAAAUAUUUAAAAAUUCAAAGGAAAGUUGUUCAAAUAACAGGUUAAUUAUAUAGAAUAUGAUUUUUUUUAAAUCAAAGAAACAUUUAUUUUGUUAAAAUGUAUAACUAAAAUUUGUUAUUUAAUUCCACUAUACAUUUUUUUGUCUAUGUUAUAAUAAAGUUUCAGGAAUGUAUUAUAAAUUAUUAUUAUAUUAUUGUAAAUCGUUGAUUAAAAAAUUUAUUGAAUUAUUAAAAAUGCGUUAACUCCCUUAGUAUUCGAGAACAACUUUUUAUUUUAUAAUUCACAUUACUGUCUUUUACAACCAGAUGUCAAUAUAAAUAAUAAAUAAUCUUUUUUUAUAUAUAUAUAUAUAUAUAUAUAUAUAUAUAAUUCUGUAAUCAAUGUUAAUCAAUUCAAGUGAGCAUUUGGAAUUUUUUGAGUUUUAUGCUGUUAUUGGACAUCUAUCUACUUGUGUUCAGAAUUUCAGAACUCAACUUGUUAUACAUUUGGCUAUACAUUACUCAAACAUACACAAACAAUGUGCCAAUUUAUUUUAUUUUUAGUUUUUACCUAUAUUUUUUUAAAUUUUCAAAAUGUAUUUUUUCUUUUAUGAACAAAUUGGAAAUUUGGCUUUUAAUGGUAAUUCUAUGUUUUUGUUAUAAACAUAAUGUUGAUUACUUUAUUUAUAAUUUUAUGGAUUAUUAGAAAAAUAAUACUUGUGUAGAUAAUUGUUGAGAACUAGUUAAAACAUAUAGGUAAAGAUUUGAAGCUGUUGUGGUUCACUUUAAUAUAACACAAUAGAUGUGGACUUAAUAGUAAAGAAGAGGAUGAGAAUUUAUUUAACAGCAAAUAACUUCAUUAUGCAUUCAUAUUAUUACUAAUAUUUCCGCAUGAAAACCAAAACAAUAAUAAUGAAUGUCUUAAUUUUAAAGUCUAUAGCAACGAUUCACAAUCUUUUAGUUUUAAGUUAAUCCUUUUGCGAUCCAUAAAUAUUAUUAAUAAUAAUAUAAAUCAUAAUUUUUAUUUAAUAACUUGAUUUUUAUAACUAUAUAAUUAUUACAAUAUUAUAAAAAUAAUUACCUUUUAUUCAAAUUAAAUAUUUUAAUGACUUCCUUGAUGCUGAACACUUAACAAGUUCUUAAAUAUUGGUUGGAAUAUUAUACAAUAUUGCACACCACCAUGUUGAGGAUCAAUUGGUUUUCUGUACUUGGAUUUUAUGAUUGCUAAAGCAAAAAACCUAGCUCUACAUAGGUAUGUUGUUGGGAAUAGUUUUUAAGUAUUUUCAGCUUCUUUUGACAAUAUAGAUUUGUUUUUGAGCUGUAGCUAAAAUUAAUUUUGGACCAACAAUUUUCUUUAAAAACUUAAUUAGUUUGAAGAUCCCAACUGAAUUAACCGAGCAUGGUAUAUUCGAUGGUAUUGUAGUACUGGUCAAGUUCAAACUUUAAUUUUUCCAAGUAUUCUUGAAGAAGGAAUUUUAAAUCAUCUAAUAUAGAUUUUAUUGAAUUUUUUAGAAAUUCACUUAAGACUAAAAAAUUUAGUAAUUUUCCUGCCAAAGUGCAAUUUUGAUUUAAAUGAUAAUAUUUUUUCGUCAAUCUCAACCAUUAUCUGUUUUUUAUUUUUCAAUAUUCAACUCAUUUAGCAGUUCAAAAGUAUCACUUAUAAAAGCCAAUUUGAUUACAUACCCACACAUCAUAAUUAAAUUUGCAACAUCAAAUGAUGCCUUUACAGCUUUCUUUUAUGAAAUUUUAGUUGAUUUUGACAGACAGCCAAACCGCAUACGUUCUAUUUUAUUUGCAUGUUUAUUCCAAAAUAGUAAUAACUAUUAAUCAUUGUUUAAUAAACAGAGUUGAGUUAUCUCUUGAGUUUAUUUUCUUUCCUGUAUUUUUCUAAUAAAACUUGCAAGCAGAACACACAUUGAGGACACAAUAAACUCUAUUUAAAACAGAACUUCAAACUUUCCUUUUUUUUACAGCUGAACACAUUUAACCAUACUAAAAUUUAAAAUAACAUAUUAUACUAUGUUAAUGGAUUAUAUUAUGUAAACACUAAACAACGAUAGGGCAGAUUGAAUGUCAUGACUAGAGUUGUAAGCUUGAAAAUGUACAUGUGAAAUUUUAUUUUUUAUUAUUAUUGAAAUUUUCAACAACUGACAUUUUUCAGUUUUAUGUUGUUAUGGUAGUAAUUUAUUAUGGUUAAUAGAUUAUUAUCUAUAACAAUAGUUAAUCUUAAUAUUUAGUUUUUAACUUCUUGUAUUGAAUAUACUAUAUUGUAUUAUAUAAUAAAAAUAUAUAAUGUAUGUAAUGUAAGAAUGCAAAUUGUAUUAAACAAUUUGUAAAGAUUAUCUUUAAUUUUCUAAUUUUUUUUUUUUUAAAUUUAUAAUAUACAAUAUUUUUAAGUAAUAUUAAUAUAUUAAACAGUUAGUAUUUUUAUUUUAUAAAUAAGUUGGUAAGUGUUUUAUAUUUAAUUAACAAAUGGUCUAUAAUUUUUUGAAAAUGUACAGCUCUAGUUGUGACAGUUCUGGAAAAUGUGAACAAAAAUAGAAAUUGCAUGGGUUUAAACCAAAUUAUUUAUGAUAUUUUCUUACUUGAUCUUUUUUUUUUUUUAACCAAAUUUUAAAUAUUAAAUAAAAUGUGAAACAUGCUUCCCCGAUCUACCAUAUAACAACCUUCACAAUCUGAAGGUGGGAACCUCUGUUCUAUUAAAAUUGGAAUGCAUAAAUGUUUUAUUUUUUAUCUUUAAUUGCUUUAUUCAGAUCAGAAAUGGUUUUGAAUCCCUAUCUGUCAUCCAUGUUCAUAAUUUUAGACCUCUGGAUAUCAUUUAGCUGUUCGUUAUAGACACACAAACUUCCUUUUAUUUUGUUUUUAUUUUAUUCAUUAUCAUAUAAUAAUUUUUAUACUAUAAUUGUUGCUUUUACAUUUUGUGAAUUUUUUACAUAAACUACUAAGUAAAGAAUAAUUUACAUUUUUUAAUCAUAAAUUAAUUUUAAUAUGUUUAAUUAUACCCUUAUUGUUUUAAUUAAUCUUCUACUUUACAAAACAUAAAUUUUAAAUAAUUAUAAAAUUUAUAAAUUGCUGAGAAAAAAAAUAUUAACAUUUGCAAAAUCAUGACUAUUCAAUUUUCACCAUCAAAUACUUUGAAAUAGGUAAUAUAAAAUAUAUACCUUAUCUAUUGCAAUAAUAAAAAUAUUGACCUACUUCACACGAUUGAUGGGCCACUGUUGUAGAUGAGAAGUUGGGAAGAUAGAGGGGAACUUUAAUGUAUAUCUGUAUGCAAAUAUUAAUCAUUACUAACAAAUAACGAUUCUGAGUAGAGUUCGGUUAAACAUGUUUGAAAAGCCGUAAUAUUUAGGAUUUGAAAAUUUUACAUUUUGUAAAUCUUCUCCUUUUUCUACAUUUUUCCCAUUUAUAAAGAAAACCCCUGGGAAAAUAAAAAAAUGACCUCUUUACGAUGAGGAUUUAAUUGAUAUGGAAACUAAUUGACCCAUGGUGAUCAAGGCCAUUUAGAUUCCUUUGACAGCUAGUUUUCCUGCAGCUAUUAAAUUCUUUACCUUCUAUAUCCUUUUUGUGAACUUCAAAUCUUAUGGAUCUAAAUGGCCAUUCACAUUGUAAUUGUAUACUUACAUUUUAUCGUGGUAAACAAAUCAAUAUAUUGUGGUAUUAUAAUAUCAAUUAAUCGUUUUCUUUUUAAAUGAUCAGUCUUCAUACAAAAUUUAUUAUUAUCAGGGUUUGGAACUUGGAGCAUUUGUUUAUUUUUUUGACUUGAAAUUAAAUCUUAGCAUAUUGCUUUUGAAAUUUGUUGUUUAUGAACAUGAAAUUGAAAAGUACUGUUUUAGCCAAAAAUGUUGUUUUUUAAAAAUUGAUUAUAAAAUAAAAUAAUUAAAUUUAUUUACUUUUCAAAGACGGAAUUGGAAAAAUUGAGGUAAGACAAAAUUCUUUGGUUUUGUGAAAAUAAUUGUAUUAACAUAUUAUUAUGUUCCGGGAUUUAUUAAAACUGUACCAAAACUACUGUACCAUUUCACAGCUAAUUCAACAAUUAUUUCUAGUCAUCGCCAAGUUUCAUCCUUUUUAACCACUUCUUCCCGCCUAAUUUUCAAUUUUCCCAAUAGACUUUCCUAUGGAAUGUUCUUCCAGAACUGUCCUUAACAGUGUUAUUUGAUUUCUCUUCAUAUAUAUUCAGCCUAUUGCUAUGUUCUUUUUUGAUGGUUUUUAAAAUAUUCUUUAUCAUAUUAUAAUUUUAAGUAAAUAAGUUGAUCAUGAAAUAUUAACAUGUUAAUGUUCUGAAUACAUUUCAAUGUAUUUUUAAAUUUGAUUUUUAACUGUCCAAUUAAACUUCUUUAAAUAUUUCUUACUACACUUUCCUGAUUUCUAUCCAUUAGGUUUGUAUUACAAAAUAAAAAAUAAUACAAAUUUUGUAAACAAUUGUAUUGCAACAUUUAUGACACACAUCUUCCGUUAAUUAAUUUUUCAUUACAAUUUUGAAAACAUUUAUAUUUUUAUAUGAAAUUAUAGGAGAAAAAAACCAUCAACAUGUUGAUGAUCGACAACUAUCAUGUUAUAAUUCAACUCGAAUGCAUUAUGAUAAUGGAGGUCAGUAUAUUUAAUUUUCUUAAUAAAAUAAAGUUAAAUUACUUUUUAGGUAUAUUUAUAGUAAUUAUGAAAUAAUUUAAAUUUAGAUAAGAAUUAUGGAAUGAACCAUUCAUUGAGUCCUUCAAGGGUAAUGCCUCGUGAUCGGAGUAUAUCUCCACAAAGUAAUAUUAGUCGUCCACCUUCUCCUCCUCUACCUUACUCUCCUGAACGAGAUCGUUUUCAUUCUGACAAUAUGUUACACAGAGAUAGACCAAAACGCUCUCCAGAACGGAAAGUUCAUGAACGUCCAUCUAGGGAUUUCACAGAUCAGUUAAUAACUCCCAUAUUAAUUAAUGUUACAUAAUAAAAUAAAUCAUUAUAUUAAAUUUAUACGUUUAAUUUCAUGGGUUUUUUUUUAGACACAAAAUGAAUAACUUUUCUUCUGGUCCUCCAGAACCUAGAUCACCAGAUAUGCACCGUUUUAGAUCAGGUGAUCACAGUAGACACCGUAUGAAGGAUGAUUCAAUUCGUUUUGAAAGUCGCACAAGGCGUAGUAGAUCGCCUCCUGGAUAUUUUAGAAAUAAUUAUUCUUUUAAAAGUCCAUCACCCAAUAAUCGUUCAUUUUCUCCCAGUCAUGGCCAAUUGCCCGUGUCACCACCAUCAUCGCGGGACCUUUCUCCUCCUUUAAGAGACCGUCCAACAUAUCCUAAUGAUCGUUUACGGAGAAGACGUUCAUCACCACCUAGACGUGAUCGUUCAAGAGAUAGACGUCGUCAUGUUUCUCCUAGAAAAAGAACAUCUCCAGGACGAUCACCUAUAAAGCGUAAAGGUUUGUCCUUCAAACAAUUAAAGUUACUAUUAUAAUACAAGAUAUUCAUAGUGUUUCUAACAUUAAUCUUUACUAAUUAUAUAAUAUUCAGAUUCUAGUUAGUGUAAAUUAAAUAAACAUAUUAAUUAUAAUGUAAAUAACUGAAUUUGUGAAUAAUAAUAAUAACAAUAUAGUAUAAUAUAAAUUUAUGUGAUAAAAUGGUUUUUUAACACUUAGAUGAAAUUAAUUGUUUUAUAAAAAAAAACACUUUAAUAAUAAUAUAAGAAUUGUAUUAAACUUUAUAUAAAUAAUACCAAACAAGACAUACAUACUUUAAAUGAUGGGAAGGCCAUUGUUGUUGGUGAGAAUUUAUGAAGGUAGGAUUUAGAAGGGAAUACAAUGUAUUCUUGUAUUCAACGAUUAAUCAUUACAAAUAAAAAAACGAUUCUAAAUGGAGUUUGGUUAUACAUAUUUUAAUAGAUUGUAAUAUUUACAAUUUUCAUCAAAAAUUUGAUACUAAAAUUUUUUUUAAAAAAAUAAUACACUAAAUUAAAAUAUUUUUUUGUUGACCACUACUUAUAACUUGUAAUGAACCUCCUAUUGAAUUGUCAAGUAUUUCUGUUUGGUCUAACAAUUUUAUCCACAGAGUAUUUACUAAAGAAAUAUUACGUAAAAAGAUUUACAAAAUGAAAAUGUCUAUAAAUAGCUCAAAAAUGUCUGAAAAUUGUACCACCUGUAUAAAAGGCAAAUAUAAUAUUUUAUACAAAUUUCAAGUCUCUACUAAGAUUUUUAACUGAAUUCCAACCAAAAAUAAAGUUAAAAAUAAUAAAAGGUUAUUUUAAUACAUUUUCACAUUUUUCUUACCUUUUUGCCUAAUUAAUUUGGAAACUGCUUGAAGAAUCGAAAAAUAAUCUUCUUGUGUACUAACUUGGGAGAAUUUUUUUUCAAAAAAAAUGCUACUUAAAAAUCAGAGCAAGAUUUCUGGUAGAUUUUUAUACACAGUAUAAUAAUCUUAAUCAAAAAUAAACAUCAUUAUUAAAUCAAUACAUUCCUCACUUUGCUUAGAAUUUAAUAGUUUGUUUUAUCAGUUAUUGAUUAGUUUUAUUUUUUUACUUUUUUUUUUCAGUCAUAUUUAAAGUUUUAAUAUGAUACGGUUUUAUGUUUUAUUUGAAAUACUUGUUAAAUGUUGAUUAUUCUUAUUAAAUAUUAUUUUAUGUUAGAUAAUACUAGAAAACGACCUAUUAAAAAUCAAGAAGGGCGUAAACGAGAAGCUAAAGAUAGAAAGAGACGAUCUCAAUCCAAUCCUAAAUCUACAUUACAAGUAUAAUAUUGAAUUAAUUAAUUUCAAAAUGUUCAAUGAUUACUAUUUCUUUCAUUAGGAUCAACAGCAACCGCAACAACCUUCAUUCCAGCAACCCCAACCAAUCUAUCCUCCACCACCUGGAGUUGUGCGACUGCCACCGCCACCAAGACCUUUCCCUCCAAUGAUGAUUCCACUACGACCACCACCUUUUCCCUCGAUGGGUGCAUGGAGGCCAAGAAGGCCACCCAUUCAAGCUCCACCACCAUCUGGUUGGCCAUAUCCACGUAAGUUCCAUAAAUUAAUAAUUAUUUGUUACAUUGUGGUGGUUUGACAUGAGUAUGUUGUUGUAUUGUUUUAGAACCAUUUAAGUUAACAACAAUUUAAAUUAAAUUAUUCUCUAUGUGUUUCUUAAAUCGUCAGUAAUAAAAAGCAACCAUUUUUUUUUUUUUUAAUUAAUUAAAUAUCUUAUUUAUAGUGACUUGAAUUUGAGAUUUGAAAAAUUACACUAUGGUGUACUAGAGAAACUGCACACUUUUUAAGUAUGAUUGGUAUAUUUAUAUUCAUAUUCCCCAUAUUGUUAACACAAAUUUAAGUCCUGCGGAUUAUGACAAUAUUCUCUAAAUUACUUUAGAAUUCUUAUCUAAAAAUAUACAUACAAAUAUGACAGUAAUGUAUUGUGAUAUAUAUUAUAACUUAAUAUAAUCUACAUUAUCCAUAUUUAUGGUUUACAGUAAUAAACAUGUUAAAUAAAAAGCUGUAUUAUUUUUGUUUCAUCAAAAUAAUAGGCAGAUUUAUAAAUUAGUAGUUUAAUAUCAUUAGUUAAAUAACAAUAUUUGUAUCAUUUAAUCUAUCGGAUAUAUCAAUAUAUUUUCGAGAUAUUUUAUUAUUAAUAUUAUCCAGGAAUAAUCUAGAUCAAUGUUUCUCAACUUAGGGGGCUUUGAUCCCUUUUGGGGUCGCUCGCUAACUAAUCAUUUAAUGUCACUAAAAAUAUAAAAUAUUGGAUCGCCAUGUAUAAAAUGUAUAUUGAGGGCCGCGGCAGUAAAAAGGUUGAGAAACACAGAUCUAGAUAACAACAAUUGAUAUUAUAAUAUAUAUAUAUAUAUAUAUAUAUAUAUAUAUAUAUAUAUUUAUGCAUGAAAACAAGUUAUAAUAAUAUAUGUUUUUAGUAAUAUUAUCUGUAUGAUACAGAAAAUUAUAAAUUCAAAGAUAUUAUCACCACCAAUAAUCACAUUUAUUAAGUUUCUAAAGUUCUUGUGUGUUUAAUAAAUUCAAUAUUUUUUUAUUUUUUCUUGCUCGUGUUAACCAAAUUUUAUAGUAAUAACUUUUUUUUCAUCUUUAACCAUCAUAACCUAGAAAUAAACUAAACUUACUUAAUUUAAUUUUAAGGCCUAAAUUAAGCACCAAUACUGGAGAAUUUAUUUGUCUUCAGGUUGCUAUCUAUAUCCCUGCUAAAUGUGACCAAGUUCACUUUUACCACAAAACAUCGAGUUUGACCCAUCUCUUGUAAUAGCUUUAAUUUGUGUUUGCAUGUGUAUAAUCGUCAAUGUAUUUUGUACAUGUGUGUCAUAACCAGUAGCAGACUGGCCCUGAGUGUUAUGGUAAAAUCAUACCCCGGGUGUUAACCUAAAUAAGUAUAAAUUAAUGGAAACAAAUAAAAUGUUGUCAUUAACAAUUAAUUUAAUGUGUGUAAAAUCAUUAUAUAUUUCCAAAAAAAUAGUUAGAUUUUAAAUGUAAUAAUAAUCAGAACGACAAUAUUUAUAUAGAUAAAUAAUACCUUUAAAUAUUAAAAUAUUUCCAUUAUAUCUGACACACAAUUGAUUCAAGAAUUAAGUUGAUAAUUGUAAUAAUUUAUGCAUGCCAUGCCAUCAUUAUUUCAUGCUAUCAUUUAAUUAACGUUUAUAAACAUGUUUAUUAUUUUUCUGGUCAAACAAAUUACAUGUUUUGAAGAUUGAACUAUAAUAAUAUAAUAAAUAUUGUUAUUUACAAUUUAUUUUUAUUAUUAAAGUUAUUAAAAUAGUGGUUGUUUAGUAUGUGUGAAUACGCCAAACCUUAUAUUAAAUUUGAGAAUUAAUUAAUAUAAUUAAUUACAAUAAUAAUGUUCCUAUAAUUCAUUAACAGAAUACUCAGCCCUAUUGAGAACACACACGUAAAAUAAAUUUAAUAAUUCACUUUAUAUGCUUUGCUUAAAAAACAUUUGUAGAUUAUUUGUAUUUACAAAUAUUUAUUUUAAAUGUAUACAAUUGGCUACAAACACAAAAGUCUUAUAUAUUCAGUAAAUACAUGUGUAUGUUAAUUUAUUAAUAAUAUUUAUUAAACAAUUAUAAUGGUUCAUUACUAUUUCCAAAGCUAUUGUGAACACACAUUUUAUUUGUAAAUUGUAAAUUUAACUGAAAAUUAUUUAAAAAGCUAUCCAAUAUGCACUAAUGUUUCUUUAAAUAUUAGUGAUAAUCAUGAAAUAGGACUUGCAUAAGAAUAGUAUUUGCUUAUUUUGUUGGCUUGACAUAAUAUCUAGCAGAUGUGGAUAUUUAUGUCAUGUUAAAAAUAUUAAAUUUGAAAGUGCCUUUUUUAUUUAUUUCGGAAUUUUGUUAAACAAAUUUUCAAUAGUUUUUUGCUCUUUUAAUCGCUUAUUUCAGGGCUUAAAUGAAGUUUUUUUUCUGAUUUAUUGUGUUAUAAGUACUAAAUUUUGGUGAUAAUUCAAUGUAUGUUAAACAAAUUUUCGAAUGUACAUUUCUUUUCUUUUUACUAUUUUUAAAAUUACUUUAAUAUUUUGAAUAUUUUUACAGGCCCAAGGCCAUUCUACUUCCCCUACUAAAAUGGAGUGUCUACGAAUUAUUAUUUUUUACAUUUUUUUUUUUUUUGUUGUAUUUAUUUCAAUUUUAGUAAAAAUCAAACAUACAUCUCCCAGAUGGUACAAUUAAUAUUUAAUAAUAAACAUUUUUUAACCAUAAUGACAUGAAUUUUAUCAUAAUUUUAAUUUGAUUAUGACAAACAAAUAAUAAUCAAUUUAUUUAUUUUCAUUUUUUUAAAGUAAGAAUGUGAAUGUAAAAUUAAAAUUAUUUCACUAGGAUAUAUUUAACAUUUUCUUUUUAUGUUUUUAACAUAAAAUUUAAAUACCUGGUUUGAUUUGUAAAAGUUAUUGAAGUUUUAUUUUUCAAUGCAAAUGUAUAAAGAGAAACUAAUAAAAAUAAUUUAUAAUUUAUCAAAUACUUGAAAGGAUUUGAAUCUAUAAAAUAUAAUUGUUUUUUUGUUUAAUUUUUGAUCUAAAUGAUCAAUGUACAUGACUACUAAUUAUGUUAAUUUAUUAUUGUAAUCUAAUGCAGUAUUGGAUAUAUAUGUAUUAUGUUAACAUGAUUAAAUCAUUUUUUUGAAAUCUUCAAUUAAUUCUAAAACAUUAAAAGUACCUAAUACGGUACCUUUAAAAUACAAAUAUAUUAGGUUUUGCAUAUUUUAAGUAAUGUAUACAUAAUUUUAUAUUAAUAGUUAAUCUUAUUUCCAUUUAAAAAUAAGAUUAAGUUUGAUGUAGAAUAAUAAAAUACAAUUUAAUUAUUGCUAUUUUUAAAAUUAAAUUUGAAUUAUAUGUGUAUAUUCUAUUAAAAUAAUUGUAUUGUCUUUCUUUAUAUCUAUAUACAAGUACCUAUGGCCUAAAAUCAUUUAUAUUUUUAAUUUAUUAAUAAACAUUAAGUUUAAGUAGAUUUUAUUUAUUUUUCAACGGUAUUAUAAAUGCAAAAACAUGAACAUGAAUAUAGUAAGUGUAUGUAAUGUAUUGGUUUUACAAUGAUGUUUUUUUUUUUUUUUUGUAAACAUAUACCAGAAAUCUUGUUUAAAUAUUCAGAAGUGUAAUCCCUUUUCUGUAGGGUGGUACUAUAAGUUCAUUUUUAAAUUUUCCAAGUAAUUUUUAUAAUAAUUGGGGAAAAAAAGUAGAAACAACAGAAUAUGUACGUAAAUGGAUAAAAAUAAACUAUGCUCUGAAUCAUUUUUUUGUUAGCAAUGGUUUUUCAUCAUUGCGUACAGAUAGAAAUUAAAUUCCCAUCUAUAUCCUACCUUCCCAACUUCUCAUAUAAAAAAGUGGUCCACCCAUUAUGCGGUGUAUGUCAGUCUUUUUUUAUGUUAAUGCACUUGUUAUUAAAGUUAAAUUAUUUAAUUGUUAUCAAACUCUAAGUUGAAACACUUUUGUAAUAUAAUACAAUUAAUUUGAUGUCAAAAAAAAUUUUACUGAAUAUAUUCAUCAGUGUUUUCAAAAAGCACCAAACUAGAAUAACAAAAUACUAAAGUUGUCAUAUUCAGCACUAAUUAAAUUGAUUUCAACCAACAAUCAAUCAAUUAGUUGUAAUAAAUUAUAAUGUAUUAAUAAUAUUUCACUACAUUUUAUAUUACUUACAUUAAUGUUUUAUCAAUUCAAUUUGAAAAUAAUUUUCCACUCUAAAAAAUAUGAGG